UGGGCGUGAUAUACACAAUGUGGGUUAGUGUGUCUGUUUCAUUUACACGGCAGUUUAGGCUACAUUCAGACGCUCAAACAGACUGCUGAGAUGGAUCUAGAACAAAUGGGUCCCCAGACCUUCCUGUACGGUUGUGAGCUCAAGGCAGGAAAGGAUAUCAUUUUUAACCCAGAGGAUGAUGAUUUUGAUCAUCAGUUAUCAGUCAGAAUGGUGUGUGUUGAUCCCACAACUAAAGAUGAGCUGAAUGUUGUGGAGAUCGAAGGACAAGACAUGGAGGGUCAGAAGGUCAAUGCAGUGCUGGCCACACUUAAGCCUUCCACCCUUCCCAGUGUGUGUUUGGGCGGGUUUGAGAUCACUCCACCUGUUGUGUUCAGACUACGCACUGGUUCUGGUCCAGUUCACAUUAGCGGACAGCAUCUUGUCAUCAUGGGAGGAGAUCAGUCCUUUGAAGAAGAAGAAGAAGAAGAAGAAGAAGAGGAGGAGGAGGAAGAAGAAGAGUUGAAGACUUCUAAGAAACGGCCAGCGCCAUUGUCCCUGAAGCCUUCAAAAAAAAUAAAGAUGGAGGAGGAGGAUGAUGACGAAGAGGAUGUGGAUGAGGAAGAUGAUGAUGAGGAAAGUGAAGAAGAGACACCUGUAAAGGAAAAGAAACCAUCCAAGCCACAGACCCCAGCACAAAAUGGAAAAGGACCCAAACCCAGCACACCAACUGCUAAACCGAACAAGACUCCAGAAAACAACAAGGGCAACAAGAAAGCACAGUCGCCGAAAACACCACAGACCGAUCGAGCACCUCUCACAGUAGAAGAAAUCAAGACCAAAAUGAUGGCGAGUGUUGAAAAGGGUGGAUCACUACCGAAACUACAGCUGAAGUUUGAGAACUAUGUUAAGAACUGUUUCAAAAACAGUGAGGCAAAGGUCAUUGAGGAGCUGUGGAAGUGGAGACAAACUGUCAAAGAGAAGAACUAAACAGCCUUUUAUUUUGCUUAAAUUAUUAGGGUUUGUUUUUUUUUGUUUUUUUCUUGUUACCCAUGAUUUUACUUUGUUACCUGUAAUUUUAUGUUUGUCCUGCAUUCUCGAGUUUUGUUAAAUUCCUGCCAUUCCUUUUUUCUUUUUAAAAGACUAUUCGGAAAGUGACACCUUUCAUUCUUUGCAAUCCGCCCUCACCUCAACCAUGUGUUGUCAUGUCCAUGGAGCCUGGCCUCAAUCUGGCAACCUUAAAGGUCAAAUGAGACUCUUAGCACAGUCUCACAACCUAUCUCUCAGCCCUCUACAGUCAUUUAUAUGGGGCUUUGUUGACUGCAUCUGUCCAUGGUUUCUUUAAAACAUGGAAUUUUUGCUUUGUGUUCUAAGGACAGAUAGCACCUGAUGUUAAUUUACAUGAAUCUUGUGAAACUUGACCUGGUUUGUUAUACAUAAUUAGUGGGUUCCUGAAUAAUUCCAAUUAAUCAUUGCUUAAUUUCAGUAUUUCUGCAGUUGCAUUCAUUUUGACAUUGUUAAAAUUCUGUAACAUAAAGGUUGGAAUGUACUGAUGUUUAGAAUUGAUGUGAACUAAAUCCAAAUGUCAGCAAUGAGUUUUGUAUUUCAUAAUGAGGUCUGUGCAGCUAAAUCCUGGUAACAGAACCAAAACAGACUUUUGAUUGAAAUUUAAAUGUGAGUUCUGUGACAUUUUGAAACUGGCAAAUAAAUAUAAAUAAACUUUAUUUCAGAAGC